AUGGGUGCGGCGUUGGCCCUGGGCGUGUGGCAGCUGAAGGCGGCGGUGGACGGACCCCCCGAGUUCAACCCGCCCAAGGGAUCCCUGCAGGGCCGUACCGUGCUCAUCACAGGCGCAUCUUCCGGCCUGGGCUUCGAAUCUGCGGUGCGCCUCGCAGAGGCGGGGGCCCGGGUGGUUGCCACGGCGCGCGCAGAGAAGGUGUCGGGGGUGGAGCAGGCGCUGCAGGAGGAGGUGCCGCAGGCGGACGUGGCGGUGCUGCCGUUGGACCUCGCGGACCUGAACAGCAUCGAGACCUUCGCUUCCCAGCUGGACGUGAGGGGCAUCGACGUGGUGGUCUGCAACGCGGGGGUCAUGGCUGUUCCGGAGCGCUCGGAGACGAAGGACGGCUUCGAGCUACAGCUUGGGGUGAACCACCUGGGCCACUUCGCGCUGUGUGGGCGCCUGCUGCCGCUCCUGGGCGCAUCCGCUGAGAGCCCCUGCCGCGUGGUUUGCGUCUCCAGCCUGGCCCACCGCCUGGGCGACAUGCAGCGCCUGCUGCAGGAGCUCGAGUUGUCUGAUGUCGCGAGCUACAACGCAUGGGCAGCAUACAGCGACUCAAAGCUGGCCAACGUGGUCUUUGCCAAGGAGCUGAACCGGCGAUUCCAAGCCGCUGGCGCCGUGGCGUCGGCGGUGUCUCUGCACCCAGGGCUUUGUGCGACAGAGUUGGCGCGCUACGUGGUCUCCGGGAAAGAUGAGCCGCUGGAGGUAACGUAUGCCCAGUAUGCAGCGCCCAUCCAGGCCGCACUGCAGGCCUCAAAGCGGAUGCUGCGCCCGGUGCGCCGCGGCGCCAACAGCCAGGUCUAUCUCGCAGCGGGGGCUGACGGUGGUUUGGAUCAGUCGGGAGGUCUAUACUUUCAGGACAUGGAGCCUGCGGAUGCACAUUCUGAGGCCGACGACCCGGAGCUGGGUGCGCGGUUUUGGGAGGUGCAGUUCUUUGUGGGUGACCUGGUGGAAUGCUUGCGCGGCGGUCGCUGGCACUGCGCGCGGGUCUCGCGGGCGCCCACGGACGAGAGGCCCCACGACGGGUCCUUCCGAGUGAAGUUUGACGAAGACGGCAAGGAGAUGAAGUGUUGGUACAAGGACCUCCGCAAGGUGUCGCGCCCCGUGCCGGCGCCGCCAUGGCUCAACUCCUGGCAGCCCGAAGAGGCACCGCCGGACGAGGAAGGCUCCUGGAGACAUCUGGAGGGCCCCAGGCACGACGCGGCGGCUUCUUGGCGCCAGGGACCUCCGCGAGAGGCUCUGGAGAUCUCCGCGGCGGAGCGGCGGAAGGAAGCGCUGCUCUGGGAGCAGCACCACGUGAGGUCGGCGAAGAAGAAGGCAGAGCAGGAGGCCAUCACCAAGGAGUACGCGCGGCUGUGCGAAGAGCGGGACCGCCAGGAGGGUGAACUCCACUUCGGCCGGGAGGAGCUUGAGGUGUCCGACGAUUCGGAGGAAGAGACAUCCACAUAG